CAAUUGAUGAAAGAGAUCAAUUGGGAUCAAAUGAAAUAUUGGGAUAUUGCUUUAUAACCCAAUUCUACUCCCCAACGUUCUCCCUGGUCUGUCUGCUGUGAUCCUUCAACUCCUAAUAGCCUACAUGCAAUCUCACACUGGUGUUCUUUAUGUUAAAUUGUACAAGUGAUACAAAACACGACUCCUUAAUUGAAACAAACAUCUGUUUAGUUCUGUCACAAUUUGACAAAGGUACGAAUAGAAUCCAGACAAUCUAGUUCAGGGGAGGCUGCAGACCUUUGCCUCAGAAUAUCGUUCUCUCUUCACUUUUGGCUGCUGAUUUAAUCCAGUUUACAGCUCUCGGAGAUUCCUCCUCCCCUCUUUCUAAAUUGUCUUUGCUUCACUACUUGAGAGAAAAGCUGGGAAGCUUUCUCCUACACUCCCUUGGUGAAAAAAAGGCUGAAGUCAGAGGAGGAAGUGAGGAGGAGGGACCUGAAGCAGAUCGGCGGUGUGAGCGGACUCUGCGGACUCUCCGGACUCGGGGACGAUUCCAGCGCUGAGGAAGUUGGAGGAUCCUGUUGCUGCCUCGGGUUCUUCCUUCAGAGCAGUAAUGCGCACCCAGGGGCGCUGGAUAUCAGAAACCUCGCUCCGUAUCUCCCGCUCGGAAACACGCCGUGACACGUCCAGAGGAAUCGCGCACCUCUGCGGCCAGAGCCGACACAGGUAGUGGCAAAGAAGAGGAUCCCGGAAGAACCAGUUCUGCGGGUUUAUUUUUAUAGAUCUGAUUUCAAAGCGAGAGGACACAAAUGCACUUGCUUACUCUUUUGAGCAAGUAGAUAUUUUUUUUAAAGUAUUUUUUAUUUUAAUUUUUUUUAAAUGGAAAAUAAGAAGAUGUCGGAUUUUAUGAAGAAGUGGCUGUGCGUGGCGAUGGACGUAGUGUGCGUUCUGCUUGCGUCCCUGCCCUCCAUCAUUUUGACCAUUAGGUUCAAGCCUUAUCAACGGGGGAUUUAUUGCGACGACGAGAGCAUCAAGUACCCUCUCAAACCAGACACCAUUUCCCACAGCAUGAUGGGAGUUAUCACCAUCACCUGCACUGUCAUUAUUAUCUCCUCUGGAGAAGCUUAUCUAGUUCACAAAAAGUUAAUUUACUCAAAUUCUAAGUUUAAUCAGUACUUGGCAGCACUCUACAAGGUGGUGGGAACCUUUGUGUUUGGCGCAACUGUCAGCCAGUCGCUCACAGACAUUGCCAAGUUCACAAUCGGCCGUCCGAGGCCUAACUUUAUGGCCGUGUGCGCGCCGAAGAACUGCACAGGAUACGUGCUGGAAAUCAACUGCACAGGCAAGCUUCUUGAAGUCACAGAGUCAAGAUUAUCUUUUUACUCUGGACACUCCUCCUUUGGAAUGUACUGCAUGCUCUUCCUGGCGCUUUACGUUCAGGCCAGACUUGCGGCCAAGUGGGCCAGACUUUUGCGGCCCACCAUCCAGUUCUUCCUGGUGGCCUUCGCGGUGUACGUGGGUUACACCCGAGUCUCUGAUUACAAGCACCAUUGGAGCGACGUGGUGGUGGGGCUGCUGCAGGGAGCUCUUGUUGCCGUGCUCAACGUUCGCUUUGUGUCCGACUUCUUCAAGAAGCGCCAUGCACAUGGCACGAGCCCAGACGCGGGGAGUGGCGAGGAGCCGGAGAGGAAACCGAGCCUGCAGAUUGCAGACGCUGAGCACGGCAACCACUGCGGCUACCGCAACGAUCCCGGCCCCUUGUGAUGAGAGGCGUCGGCUCCCUUGGCUUGCAGCCUGCAGACACCCAAACCUGUGCAAUAGGUUCCGACGCAGGAGCUGCAGCUCCAUCUGUGCGGUCUGCUGCUUUUAGUUCAAGUCUCCAUUCCAAUUCUGGAAAUGUUAAAAUUUUUUUUUUUUUUUUUUGACUUUAUGUGCUCAUCAGCUCCUCUUCUCCCUUUUCAACCACUCACUCUGCAUCUGCUCCACUGGAAUGAGUAAGAGGGGACACCAUCCCUGUCAAGGAAAA